GUAACACGAGUAGAAGGGUUUUGUAGUGUUAGGCAAGCCCAAAAGGCCAAAACUUCCCUCUUCAAAGAAGGCGGGAAAUGCUAAUUUCACUCUCACUCACUCACACAUACAGAGUUACAGACGAUACAGUUGCUAAAACCUCUCAUUUUCUCUCUCCCCAAUUCAUCAAAUCAAUUUUCUAGGGUUUUAAUUCUUGCAUCAUUUCCAGAAUUCAAUUUCUACGAUUACAGCAAUAAUGUAUUCCGGCCAAUUCGACGGCAACGCCGCUUUUUCCGGCGGUGGUUUCAUGCCUAGUCAAGCUACUCAGUCCGCCGACCCAUCUUAUACUACUUCCAAAACUCGUGAUGCUCAGGCAUUAGUGCCGUUAACGGUGAAGCAGAUAAACGAAGCACUUUUAGCUUCAAAUGAUAUUAACAAUUUUGUUGUUGAUGGUGUUGAUGUUAACAAUGUGACGCUUAUUGGGCUGGUGUUUAACAAGACUGAAAGGGUUACUGAUGUCGGUUUUGUCCUCGAUGAUGGAACUGGGAGAAUUAAUGUUCAUAGAUGGGUUAAUGAUAGUUACGACACGAAGGAAAUGGAAAAGAUUGCGGAUGGCAUGUAUGUACGAAUUUAUGCAAACUUGAAAGGGUUUCAAGGUAAAAAGCAAUUGAUGGCCUUUUCUGUCAGACCUGUUACUGACUUUAAUGAACUUACUUAUCACUACCUAGAGUGCAUGUAUGUUCACACGUACAGUACCAAAUUGCAGGCAACUGGUGUUCCUGCUGAUGCUCAAAUGAUGUCUUCGGUAAAUGGAACUCCCAUCAGAGGAUACCAGGGUACCCAGCAAAAUCAAUUUCCUGGACAGUUUUCCGAAUUAAAGGAUGUUGACCAAAUGGUGAUGGAGUAUCUGCAGCAACCUGCUUGCCUGGCACAGGAAAAAGGGGUGCAUGUUAAAGAGCUCAUGCAGCGACUAAAUCUUCCACUUGAUAAGAUCAUGGGAUCAAUAAAGGCUCUCGAGGUUGAAGGUUUUGUCUACUCAACUGUUGAUGAUGAACACUACAAAUCAACUGGAAAUGCUUGAUAUCCCCGAAUGCUCACACAGGAAGGGGGUUCUAAUAGUCUGAAGGGUUUGCUUAUAUCCUUUUUUAUCUACAUAUCGCCUUGUAAAUUUUUGUCAUUGAUCAGAGAUAUCUUUUUUUACCUAUUUUAGUUCAAGGUUAGCUAGUUGUAAAAAUGGAUAUGGGAAAAAGUGUACUUAGUCGAGCUUUGAGUAUGAUGCCAAGUACUGCUAGUUCUAUAUUAUUCACCUAUACAUGUUUCUCCCUAACAGUUGGUAUAUCUGCAUUCUGCAAGGUUGUUUCUGAAUGUUGAUGCUUGAUACUUGUU